UGGGCCCAUAUCCAAAUAUAAUGACCCAACUCCAUUUUGACCCGAAUUUGACUCUACAGCUUUCAGAUUUCAAAAUUGACAGAUACAAUUCGUAAAUCCCUGAAAUUUGUGCUAAAUUUCAAUUAAUUUUGGCUGGCCAAUUACAAAUAAUAGCAUGAGUUCUAUCUUCAGCUGAGAGGCAGGAAUUCUUGUAAUGGAGAAGAGGGACUUUUGCAUCUCCACCAUGGAAUCAUUAAACAUCGCAGUUCUAUUAAUUAUUGGUGUCAUCACUAUACUUGUGAUACGAAUUAUUUAUGUUCUUUAUAGGAGCAGCAAACCGAUUCAUUCCAAACCACCACAAUCCCUCAGUACUCUUAUUGUUCUGGGUUCAGGUGGUCACACAGCAGAAAUGCUAAAUUUAUUAUAUGUUCUUCAAACGGAAAGGUUUAAGCCGAGGUAUUAUAUUGCUGCUGCUACUGAUAAUAUGAGUCUCCAAAAAGCACACGUGUUUGAGGAUUCCUUGCUUGGUAAGGAAACACCUGAGGAAGUAGGGGGAGCUGAAUUCAUGCAGAUAUAUCGAAGUCGAGAGGUUGGUCAAUCGUAUAUGACCUCAGUCGGAACCACAUUGAUUGCAAUUGCACAUGCCUUGUGGUUAAUGAUCAAGAUCAGACCCCAAGUGAUUCUGUGCAAUGGCCCUGGAACGUGUAUUCCACUAUGUGCAAUUGCCUUCCUUUUUAAGGUUUUGGGAAUUAAGUGGUCAUCGAUUUUCUAUAUGGAGAGCAUUGCAAGAGUCAGGAAGCUAUCUUUGAGUGGUUUGCUUCUUUACAAGCUACGAAUGGCUGAUCAGUUAUUCGUGCAAUGGCCACAACUAAAAGAGAAAUAUCCCCGAGCUCAUUAUGUGGGUCGUCUUAUGUAACAUAUCGGUUUCUGAUCUAUUAUAGCCAGGUAGCACUCGAGCUGUUUUGAUGCUUUUUGAAUGGUUUGCUUCCUUACAAGCUAGGCGUAACUUAUCAGUUAUUUGUGCAACGACAGCAACUAGAAAAGAAGUAUCUCUGAGUUCAUUAUGUUGGUUGUUCGAUCAAUUUCUAAUCUAUUAUAACGAGGUAGUACUCGAGCUCUGUUGAUGCUGUUUGAAGAAUUCUGUGAAUGGAUGUAAAGGAUCUUCGUUUGAUAGAGAAUAUAAUUGCUAUCUUCUUGAGGAAAGGAAAGAAAUUAAUGAUCAUUAUCGAUGUUAUUGGCA